AGAGAGAGGCGCGUGUGGGUGUUUGUAAGUCGUGGGGUAGUAGGGCUUCGCUAACUCCUAUCGGGUGUUUGUAAGUCGUGGGGCAGUAGGGCUUCGCUAACUCCUAUUGAGUAGCUGCCGUUGCCGAGCGCUUGGCAGCUCAUGUCAAAUAUAAUUCUAACCAAAACUUGACAUGAAAAUACUAGAAUACCCUUUAUUGGAGAGAAAGCGCGCAAAGGGGAGAGAGAGAGAGAGGCGCGUGUGGGUGUUUGUGAGUCGUGGGGAUUAAGGCUUUGCUAACUCCUAUUGAGUAGCCGUAGCUAAGCGCUGGGCGGCUCAUGUCAAAUCUGGAUAUCGUGGCGAGGCAUGGAAUUCUUCGAUCUCUUUCCGUUUUCCAGAAGCACUAAGUGAAUAAAUACAUUCUCAAGUCUCAACCACUCAUACGAUGGAAGAAUCCCUAAUUAGAUGAAAAAAUUUUGCCGCGCGCACGGCCCACUCUGAUACAAAACGCACAGCUUCAUCUUGAACAGCUUCCUCUCCGCCAUCGUGCCGAUCAGAAAGAAUAUCGGAAGCGUAGGAGCUAAGUUGCAGACCAAGAAAGUGAAGCCCUUUACGCAUAUAUACUUCAUCAUUGACCGUACACGUGUCCCAACAAAACGUAUGUAGCCAUUUCUCCAGUGACGUACGGUUCAGUCCUUUGGCAGAGAUGUUAUGAUUCGCUCGACUCGCCUGAUCGCCUCGCUCUACUCGCCCGAGUCACGCCGCGUCUUCCUCUCUCUCCGCCGCUCUCCGAACACCCUCGCGCAAUUCUCCACCGUAAGGAAUCUCAGAUUUGCGGCCUCUGCCACCGCCGGCGGUCCGCGUCAGCGCGACCCGAUACGGCCCCUGAUGGAUGCGGAAUCACCCUUGCCCAACCCGGCGGCAUCCGAAAACUUUGUCCACGUCGGGAACCCUACGAUUGAGGACUUGUCCGAUAGCAUCGUCGGUGUCGAUGCGCCGAGGGACGAGUACGACGACAAUGUUUCGACGACCGCCGAGGCUGAGAGUUCCGAACAGAGGAGGUUUCUUCCUGAGGAGCUGUCGAGGAGCGUGGUGGUGCUCACUUGUGAGUCCACGGCUGAGGGCGGCGUUUGCGACGUGCACCUGGUUGGAACGGCUCAUGUUUCGGUGGAAUCGUGCAGAGAAGUUGAAGCAGUGAUCAGCUAUUUGAAACCAGAGGUUGUGUUCUUGGAGUUAUGCUCGAGUCGAGUGACUGCACUCACCCCUCAGAAUUUGAAGGUACCGACAAUGGGAGAAAUGAUCGAAAUGUGGAAGAAAAAGCAUAAUGCCUUUGGGAUUGUUUACAGCUGGUUCCUUGCCAAGGUUUCAAGUAGGCUUGAGGUGUUUCCUGGUGCUGAGUUUCGUGUAGCAUAUGAAGAAGCAAUGAAGUAUGGCGGUAGGGUGAUACUUGGUGAUCGCCCAGUGCAGAUUACGAUACGAAGGACGUGGGCAAAGAUGCCACUUUGGCAUAAGAUAAAACUGCUGUAUUCCUUGCUGUUUCAAGCAGUCUUUCUACCAAGCCCUGAUGCUCUUAAUAAAAUGUUAAAGGAAAUGGAUGAUGUUGACAUGCUGACUCUCGUGAUUCAAGAGAUGAGCAAGGAGUACCCAACUCUAAUGGAAACACUCGUACAUGAACGAGAUCAGUACAUGUCAUCAACAUUACUGAGAAUUGCGAGCGAGAAUCGUUCAGUAGUUGCAGUAGUGGGAAAGGGGCACCUCCAAGGAAUUAAGAAGCAUUGGCAGCAGCCUGUUGUGGUGAAGGAUCUUAUGGUAAUUCCAACAGAAAGGUCCGUUUUUUCCACCCGGAGAAUCGUUAAAUCUAUGGGUGUGGCGGUGAUUGGGGCGGCCAUAGUAUCAGGCAUCUAUCUUGCAUCCAAGAGGAAGUAGAGCUCAGAAACUGAAUACUGACCACUUGAAUGAGAGGUUGAAGGCCAGCCAAUAUACAUGUGAUUCUUUAGGGAAAUUUUAUUUGACCCAUAUAACCGCUUUUUUAAAUUAAACUAUCAAUGUUUCUUUAAUCUCAAAUUUACUACCUAAACUACUCUCAGUGUAUAAAUUUACUUUUACACUCAUUUAAAAAAUAAUAACCUAAAAUUAGUAUUCUGCAACUCA